AUGGGAGAAGUAUCGUGGAGUGUUAUUUCAGCCGACGGUGUCACCGCUGCUCCUGGAGUCGACACAACAACCUCAGACUCACUCUCGGCUUUUAUCAUCAGCAUCAAAAUCAACAAUCGCAUUUACAACGACUCGCUCAAGGACCGCCAGUCACUGGACUAUAAGGCACUACGACAGGAAGUCGAGGAUGUGUUUUUCAGUACUUACAGCUACUCACCUUCAGCUCAGUAUCAGGAGAUUGCAGAGAUGACUUUCAGUAACGGAUCUGUGAUCGCCAGAUCUACGCUGCUGUUCAGUAAAAAACAAGCAAAUUCAGAGGCACUGAAAAACGUUUUCAUCACUAAUUAUCAGCAACAUCCUUCUAGGAUGCUGGAUCUGAACCUCAACUACACCGCAGAAUUAGAACCCGUCCCGAUCACAUUUCCUCCCCUCGACAACAUUCCUGAGUCCUUUCAUUCCAAUGAAAUCAAUCUACACACCAGCACUGCUGCACCCACCUCCACCACCAUCCCUGUAACCAGUACUACACCCCAGCAUACACACCCCAGUACAACAGCAGCCACCAGUACCGGCUCCAUCACACCCACCACCACAUCUACAGAGUCACAUGAUCCACCUACAACCUCCGACACCACCGUUACUGGUACCUCAGCACCCCUCGGUACGAGCACGAGCGAAGAAACCUCCCCGUCCUCCUACACCAGUCCGCCCGGCCCUUCAGGGGGCGACAGCACAACAACCACCGCCUCAGGAACAGCGACCCGCAAGCUGGCAGAACCUGAAGGCUCGGGAUCGACAGCUUCAGAGCCAGGCGUGCCAGGCGUGCCAGUAUGGGGCAUCGCCAUUUUGGUACUGGCAGCCAUCAUACUCUUCUUCCUCCUGUUCCUCAUCAUCCUGCUGCUGCUGUGUUGGUGCUGUUGGGGGAGACAGCGUGGCUUCAUGAACGUGUCCGAUCCGGAGCCUAUAAGCUAUUAUAACCCCGACAUUCCCAUGUACUCCACUCAGAGCACGUUCGACUCGCACAACGGCAAGUCAGCGGACGCAGACUCGGAGAGAGCUCAUAAAAACAGGACUGGAACCUUCGGCCUGAACAAGUGAUGCUGCUGCUGCUGCACUGGGUGGCUAAAAAUGCUAAAACAUCAAACAGUUAAAAUCACGACCUGAUUUAUUUUUAAGCUACUCAGAAACUCAGACGUUACAUUAAGGUGCUCAGUUUGACCACCUUGUUCCAUCAAAUAUACCAACUACAAAAGUGGCAGCCAACACCAUGUAACCAGUGUUGCCACUCUCCAUCUUAAGAAUUCCCAAGAUUGUACUAAAAACCCCAAGUAACUGAAAACAACAAAAGUUUAAACUCAUCGAUUUUGCAGCCAUUCAUCGUUGAACGGUUGUCUAUCUAUACCAUGCUUUUGCUUUUUUACAUGGCGGUGUGCGAGAUCCAUGUUCACGGGUGAUCUCUGUGAUCGCCGUCAUCAAACGAUGCCACACGAUGUUUACACUACGAUGAUUGACGCAGAUUUAUUCCUGCAAUCUAUCACAAUUACCAAAAAACAGAAGUAAAAUGCACGGAUGAGACUCACGUCCAAGAAAAUGUAAGUAAGUAAAGAAGUAAAUGUACAGUAGGUGUAGAAAUGACCAGCGACAACCAGAGGUUAUUAUUUAGUAGUACUGCUUCAUCAUUCCUUAUUAAUGACUGCAGACCAUAAAACUGCUGGAGUGUAAAUUACAAAUCCCGAGACUACUUGGCAAAAUCCCCAAAUCCCCAAAUCUUGGGAAAAAUCCCAAAGUGGCAACACUGCAUGUAACACCAAAUACGCCGCAGGGACGCUACGCUAGCUUAUACAAAUCAAUAAUAUAAAGCUAAUGUCAGUGUAGUCAUAUUUUCUUACUGUAAUUUAGCACACGGCUGUAAUAUUUCACGAGACGGUAACAGUUUGAUUCAGAUUCAGAUGGUUACUGAAUGUAAUGCAUAGAUUUUAAU